GAAAGAAUUUAUUUAUUUAAAAAAAAAUGAAGCAAAGUUGGUGGUAUAAAUAGGGAUUUCAAGCAAACUUUUAUGCACGUCGCUGGCAAGUUUCGAUAUCCCACGCAACGUACUAGUACUACCCCCAACACAACACUCACCAAACCACGCUCCGAUUCAAAUUCCAACUCCGAAUCAAACCCUAGUACAACAAUCCAACGAAACCUUCUUCUUCUCAAUUCUCCGAUCCCAUCCUCAAUGGAAAACCCGGAUUCCUCUCUUCCUCUCUCCAUCAAGAAGGAGAACGUCACUCCCAUUACCUCUAAAAUCGCGGAACUUAAUGAAUCGAGAUCGGAGCUUCUGGGCAGAGUUCAGAGUUUGAAACAGGAUUUGCAAAGUUGGAGGUCGAAGUUAGAUACACAAGUCAAGGUCUAUCGCGACGAGCUGUCAGAACUUAAGAAAACACUUAAUGUUGAAGUGGACCAACUUCGAGCAGAAUUUCAAGAUCUGAGGACUACCCUUCAGCAGCAACAAGAGGAUGUCACUGCUAGCUUAAGAAACUUGGGGCUUCAGGAUGCCUCAGAUGUCAAGCAUGCUCCGUCGCAGGAGACAAAGAUUGAAAAAAUUGUCAAGGAAGAACAGGUGGUGGUACCUGAAGAAGAUAAUAGCAGCAAAGUAGCUGAAACUUAAAUAGCUUUUUAAUUUGAGUAUUUGCUGCUCGCUGUGUACACCCUAGAGAAGCUGAAUGACUCUGUAUUAUGGUAGAUAUUUGAUGUGUUUGAUUACUACUGUUGGGUAUAAUGCGGGACUUAAGAAUCAAUGGUAAAUUUCCCGUUACCCUUCCUCGGGUAUAAUCGAUAUUAAUUGAACAAAUUAUGGUAUGCUUUCAUAUUCUUCUAA